UCGAUUUGAGGUUAUGUCAUUUGACAGACUGAAUUUCUAAGGGAAAAUUAAUUGUUGAAUUAUUAUUGUUUAUCAAUAUAUUGUUUGUCAAAAUGUUGCUGUGUAAGAUGAACAGUCUCCGGAAUUUAUUGUCAGUUGAAAAAAUGGCAGUAUCGUUUAAUCAAUUAGCUGGACUAAAAAGAUUUGAUCCACCACCAAAAUACCCAGAUAUUGAACUUCCUGAAAGAAGAAGGCUAACAGUUCUUCCAAAAGUUCCACAAUAUCCACCUUCUUUAAGGCCUCAUAAAAUGCAAAAAAAAUUACGUUUUAUGCGUGGUCCAGAGCCUCAUCAUACAACAUUUAUUCACAAACAAUUUGGCAUUGUUGCAACUGGAGGUGGAAGAUUAAAACAACAACAUUUUGAAAUGGUUCGUAUGUUUUUUUUACGACAUUUACCAUUUGAUAAAACUGUAUUUGCAAUUUGGCGAGUUGAUGCACCAUGGCAACCAGUUACUAAAAAAGGACAAGGACAAAGAAUGGGUGGUGGUAAAGGACCAAUUGAUCAUUAUGUUACACCAGUUAAAGCUGGAAGAGUUAUUGUUGAAGUUGGUGGUCAUGCUGAAUAUCAAGAAGUUAAAAAAAUACUUGAAAAUGUUGCUGCAAGAUUACCAUUUGAUGCUGUUGCAACAACUCAUGAACAAAUGAUGGAAGAUAGAAAGAAAGAACAAUGGCUAGAAGAAAAUAAUAAAAAUCCAUGGACAUUUAAAUAUAUUAUACAAAAUAAUUUAUGUGGUGUUAAUAAUUGGAUUUCACCGGUUGAUAAAUUAUACUUUGGUAAAUAUCGUUAAAAUUAUGUAAAUUAAAU